GUCUCACGGGGUUUGUAGUCUGGAGGGAGGUUUCCCCCAGCAUGCCUUGCGCGGGCUUCCGGUAACGGAGUUUACCGGGUGUGCAGUGUAUUCAUAUCCCAGAGCCUACUGCAGCAAGAAAGAACUGCCAGCGAAAACUCCUGAGGAAGUCUUAUUGCUUCAGGCUAAGGAGGUGAUCAAAGUAGAGGGAGGAUGUCGGAGCUGAGUGAUGAAGCCAGUGAGUCGGAGCUGCUGAGCCGCAGUCUCUCCAUGUGGCAUGGGGUCGGUCAGAUGAUCUGUCGGGAAGAGCUAGAUGUUCCCCUGGACUUGCAUACGGCCUCCUCCGUUGGCCAGUAUGAAGUGGUGCAGGAGUGUAUUCAGCGUGGAGAUCUGGAUUUAAAUAAGAGGAAUUGUGGUGGCUGGACUCCACUGAUGUACGCCUCCUACAUUGGCCACGACACCAUUGUGCAUCUACUGCUGGAAGCAGGAGUGAAUGUGAACAUACCAACGCCAGAAGGGCAGACACCACUCAUGCUGGCCUCCAGCUGUGGAAAUGAAAGUGUUGCUUACUUUCUUCUACAGCAAGGCGCAGAGCUGGAGAUGAAGGACAUUCAUGGUUGGACUGCCUUAUUUCACUGCACCAGUGCCGGACAUCAGCAGAUGGUCAAGUUCUUACUGGACAAUGGGGCAAAUGCUAACUGCAAGGAGCCUGUGUAUGGAUAUACGCCUCUGAUGGAAGCAGCUGCUUCUGGCCAUGAGAUAAUUGUUCAGUACCUUCUCAAUCAUGGAGUGAAGGCAGAUGUCAGAGAUAACACCGGAGCCACAGCACGGACACUGGCCAUGAAGUAUGGACAUACAAAGAUUGUGGGGCUGAUAGAUUUGCAUGCAGCCCCAGUGCCCAAGGUCUUCUGCAGAGGUCCAGGAAAAUAUGAAGAGCUGAGUUCCUCAGAUGAAUCGUGCUCUGCUCCCCAGAGACAGAGACCUGUUCGUAGGACCAAGGGUCCCAGCAUCCAUGAUGGGCCCCAGGCUUUGGCGAAGAUAACAGCAGUUGGAAUUGGGGGAAAGAAGCAGUCUCGCUAUGAGCAGGUCCCUCCUCAGGGCUACGUUACCUUCAAUGAUGAUGGUAGCUUUGAAGCAGAUGGUAUCCGGAACCGGGAUGUUACCUCUCCAAUUAAUGAGCAGGAUGUGGAGAGCAGCAGCAGCAGGGAGGAUAACGUUUUCUUCACCAACAACUUAGCUACUGUCAGGAGCAGCAGCAGCAGCAGUGAAUGCCUGACCAAAGCCCUGGGGGUCAGCAGUGAGGGCUCCUUGGAAAGCAAUGAGGAUUCUGACCAUGCAAACAGUCCUCCUAGUCGGAAACAAGCCAAGAGCUUUAAGAUCAAGAAUCGCUACAGCAACAGUGACAGCCAGUGGACCCACUGCCCAGGGAAAGCUGGGGGCUCUACUCAGCACCUAAUCCUUCCUGAGCCCCCUGCCUAUACGGGGCCCCAGGACCUGGCAACGUUCCUUGAGCAGAUCGGGUGCCUGAAGUAUCUGCAAGUGUUUGAGGAGCAAGAUGUCGACCUCCGGAUCUUUCUGACCCUCACAGAGAGUGAUUUGAAGGAAAUAGGCAUCACCCUGUUUGGACCGAAGAGGAAGAUGACUUCUGCCAUUGCCCGAUGGCACAGCAACGCUCGGCCGCCCAGUGAUGCCCUGGAGCUGGCCUAUGCAGAUCGGCUGGAGGCUGAGAUGCAGGAAUUGGCCAUUCAGCUGCACAAGAGGUGUGAAGAGGUGGAGGUGAUGAAGGGCCAGGUAUGCCAGGAGCAGAAGCUACGUGCAGUGGCUGAGAGCUGCUUGAUGGAGCGGGAUGAGACCUGGAAUGCUAUCCAGUGCCAGCUCAGAGAGGCGCAGGCCAUCACCAAGGAUGCUGGUGUCCUACUGGAUCAGAUCAAAUCCUGUCAAGUAGAGCUGUCCUCCCGGCUAACGCAAGAGCAGGCAGUGCUGGACACAAAGGCGCAGUUGGGAACUGGUGAGAGCAGGCGGCCUGGUGAGCGUCCGGUGCUGGAAGGAUGGCCACCUUCCUUGAAGUCUCUGAGCUUGCCUGAGCUGUCAGCUGUCCUAGAGGAGUGUGUGGGAGAAAUGGGAAAAGCUCUGCAGACUGUGACUCAAAACCUCCAAAGGCUCCAAGCCCCGGGGCAGAGCGGGCAGAGCUGGCUAGAGCCAUAACAAAGCAGGAGGAAUACUGACGUCGGGUGACUGUUCCACCCGGAAGCUGAGUGUGCCUGGGAGAAUGAGCGCGAGGGCCAUGCUGGCAGCACCGCAGCUCUGCUGAGAGCGCCACAGCAGCUGGUGGAUGCGUGGAAGAAGGUCUCGGCCAUCGGAGAACGCGCCUGGGAGAACGAGGGACAGCAGAAGACAACAACCCAAGCAGCCACUUGGGCCAGACUGUUUUCUGGGUUCCCAGGAUCAUUGUUGUUCAUACCGAAAGGUUAGGUUAAGAGGAGAAGCACCGAGCCCAAAAGGUUUAUCUGCCUUAAGCUUCCUGCAGCCCUUGGCAUUCAGGGCUGUGUGGCGUUAGAAAGCUGAUGGUUACCUGCAGCAAUCCAUUAUCCUUUUCCACAUCCUCUGAUGCUUGCCCUGGCCCCUUCUGUGCCAUGUGGAUUGCUCAGGAGCUGACCCAGAAAACAAACCUGAGGCAAUAAGGAAUGCAGGUUUGCUGUGGAUGGGUAAAGUGAGUAGAGUUUAUAACGUUUGGCUCGUUGAGCUGCAGUGAAAUUCGUGCAGCCUGAAUCUCUAGCAGGAAUGUCUGCCCUGCUGCCAUCCCAAAUCUCUGCUUCAAAAUCUCUCCCUCCAGCCAGCCCACCCUGGUUCGGUUCAGAUUCUUGCCCCGCCUUGGGGGUUGUUUGUGAUCAUGUUAUUCAGUCCCAAACAACUUUGGUUUUGUGGCCAAUGCUUUAUGGCAGAGGCUCUGUCUGGUUUGCCAGUGCCAAGAUUCCCAACACUGACAGCGGUUGUGAGGCAGAUGUUCCCCUGGAAGGAGAUGAGAGAGAAGGAAGAGCUCGAGACUGUUGAGUCUCCUGUGCCUCUGGCAGGCAGAACGAGAACUGAGGGAUCGAGCUGUCCCACAUGGGAGAUGGACAAAAGAAAUCACAUCCCAGCUGUAGCUGCGCUGCAAAGCUUUGGUCCUCGACCACUGCUUGCCUCUGGUUUCCGGGCUUUAGUGUUUUGGAAAUAGUUCUGCCAAGGCAUUUUCGUGUUGGUGGUGUGGGUGUUUUCAAAGGGCAGACACAUGGUGCAGGAAGAGGCUGCCUCCCCAGAGAGACUGCUCCAUCUCCUGGGGCUGGGCGAGCAGCCACAAGGGCACUCGUGAUGGUUACGCUGAUGUAAAAUGGUUUCCAGUGACUUUGUUUCCCGUGUAUUGCUGAGCCUUGGGAAGGGGAAGAAACUGGGUCUUCCUUCCCAGUUUAAUUUUUUUGGGCUUUGAUCACAGAUGCCAAAACAUAAAAACCUCAAGGCUCAAUCCCUUCUGCUAGCCACCCCUUCUGACCAGCUGCCUGGGACCAGGCAGGCCUGAAAGCUGGUCGGUGUUUGGUGAAGGUGACAUCUCGUUUGACUGUCCCACUGACCUGGUGUCUGUGUGUCUGGGGGACAGUCCCGGGGCACCGAGGCAGGCUCACAUCAGAGUGGGCCAUACCUGCCCUGCUUGUGUGCGCUUGGCAGCGUGCUCACCUGUGGGCUGCUGCUUCCUACUUAUGUUUAACUCACAAACUUAAGGCACACUAUUUUUUGGUUUUAGCUGAUACCAUGGGUGUUACGCACAUGGGCAUCUGGGGCUAGCUCUGCAGCAGGAGUGGGACAAAGCGGCAGGAGAUUUCACCCUGAAGAACUAGUUUUGGUGAGGUGGAGCAUCCCUGAAAGCUUCUCGGAAUAUUGAGGAUGUGCUGGGAGGAGUGUUAUGGGCUUUGUCCUUCAUUCCCUGGCGCUGGAGGGAUGGUGGGGAGUGCCAAGGCACUGCCUUCUCCCCAGCCUUGGCCGUGUCUCUGGCUGCACUAGUACAGGGUUGUCAGUGCUGUGUCCCUAGGCAGCCCAGACUUGAAUUUAAGGCAGGAUGUCUGUGGGGAAAGGGGAAAAGUUUUUCAUAGAAGAAGAAAAAAUAAAUUUAAAACCACCUGGAAAGCCCAAGUGAAAGGGACCGGGAGCAUCUGGAGAGGAAGGGAAGCCCUGGCGCAGCAAUGCCUUCAGAGCUGGGGAGGCUGUGCAGGAAAGUGGGUGGCUGGAAGCAGAGACUACACGGACAUGGGGUUGGCCUUGCUAGGGCAUAGGGCGGGAAAAAAAGGGGGCUUUUGGGGGGCACAUCCAACAGAUGGUGAUGUUUGGGGGCAUGGGAAAAGGGAGAGGUGAGACGCAGCAGGAAGGAAAAGGAGAGCCCCCCAGGAAAGGUGCUGCGGGAGCCCAUGUGUAAAGGUUUAAAGGGGUGCUAGAGUUAGCCCAAGGGGGGCCACCAGGGAGGGGAUUUUCUAGAAUCGUGUCUCCUUGAGGAGGCGAUCGCUUGAAUGGAGGACGUUAAACAGCGUUCAUUGCUGAAAGGGGGGCUGUGCAGGCAGCAGGGAGUCUGGUGCUACCCUAAGGCAAGCUGUCCCAAUAAAAUAGUAUUUGCUGACUUGGAUAAAAUAAUAAACUCGAAAACCUG